AUGUUUCAGUUAUAUGACAGAAUAUCAACUUUAGAUGGUGAUAGAGGUACUGUGAAGUAUGUUGGCCCCAUUGAUACGUGGGGCCCUGAUGUUGAAGCUUUAGGAAUUGAAUGGGAUAAUCCAAAGAGAGGUAAAAAUUCUGGCACAAUUGAUGGAAAGACUUAUUUUGCUACAAAUAUCAAAGGGGCUGGUUCAUUUCUUAAGUCGAGUAACAAAAAACUCUUAAGAAAGAAUGUGAGCUUCAUAGAUGCUCUUCUUUGUCAAUAUGUUGAUGGGUCAAUAUUUAAUGAGGAUAUCGCGUUCGGUAAUAAAAAGGUUGAAAGCUAUGGCUUUGAAAAGUUGAACAAAUUACAAGCAAAUCUUUCGAACUUAUUAUCUAUAUCAUUAGACAAAAAGUAUAUCAAUAGCUCAUGCAUUUCCCACAGUCAUUUUCAGGAUAUUUUCAAUAAUUUGAAAAAGUUAGAGCAUUUAGAUUUGAGUUUUAAUUUAUUUAAAGAUUUUAUUGCCAUUUCAGACAUAGUUAGCCAAAUUCCUAGUUUGGAAUCACUCAACUUGAAUGGAAACAGAAUUAUUGGGCUCAAUCCAUCUGCUGUAAAGUUUCAGCAUCAAAAUCUAAAAAUUAUAAAGUUAGCUUCAACAUACAUCGACAUUGACAUAAUCAUACAGGUACUUGAUGGGCUACCUAAUUUAAGAGAACUUAUUUUAGCUGGUAAUAAUUACACAGAUAAUGACUUAGAGAGCUUAGAAGUUUUAGGAAGUCGCGUCAAGUGUUUGGACCUUUCUUAUAACAGUCUAACGGUCGUUCCAAAAUGCAUAUCCUCAAUCACUUCCUUAAACCUAUCUAAUAAUUACAUACUGACUUUUCCAAGUUUCGUGGAUAAUGAUUUAUCGAUUUUAGAUAUUCGAUUUAAUACUAUAGAUCUGUGGGAAACUAUAGACGGACUUCAACACACGUUCCAAAAUUUAGAGCUGCUUAGAAUUAACGGAAACCCUUUAUUUGAACGAUUAUCUAUUGAUGAAAUGACCCUUAACUUGAUAGGUAGACUUGAAUUUAAAAGUGAUGGUAAUAAGAGUAAAUUAGAGAAACUAAACGGAAGCGUGAUACUGAACACAGAAGUUAUAAACGGCGAGCUUUAUUUCAUAUCCAAAGUGAAAAAGGGUGAAUAUACGUACGAUACUACAAGCCAAAGAUGGGAGCAGUUGAUGCAAAAGUAUAACUUCAAUCCUAUUGUCGAAAGUAUUCCGAAAAAAAGCAAUUUAUCUUUGAAAAAACUAUCUCUUACGAUAAUAUCAGGUUCUAAAAAAAUGCACAAAGUUUUUUUGAAGGAUACUACUGUUUUGAGAUUAAAAGGUAGUAUCUCGAAAGAACUUAAUGAGUCGAUCUUUCGCUUCAAAGUUUACUACUUCAUCAAUGAAUUUGAUGAAUUGAACCACAGAGAGAAGCAAUUUUUGGAUAAUGACAUGGCAACUCUUGAUUUAUUUGGAAUAGUUACAGGUCAAACAUUAUAUGUAGUAUAA